AUGACAACAUUAUUAACAACAACUGCCACUACCAAUUCUAACUCGACUUCAACAAAUACUACUACUGAGAAAGAUUCUUUAACUCCAAGAACUACUUUUAGUCAUACUCAUUCGCAUAAUGGAAAUAUAAAUCAUAUAUCCCCUACUUAUAGCAAGAGUUUACCAGAAUUUGCAAGAUGCGUUUCAUUCAACAAUAUAAAUCCUCCAGCAUACGACUCCGAUUCUCCUUUGAAUAGUCCAAUUUAUGGUUCCAAUGAUAACUCAACAGCAGAUGGUAAUUAUACUUUUUCUGCAUCUUCAAGUUCCCAUCCUGUUUCCUUAGAUGAGUUUUCAUUUGCUUAUGGACGUAAGAAUAGCAAUCCUAACUCAUACAUUUCAAAAAGAAAACGUUUACGAUUACCUCCCCCUCCUGAGAAAUCAAUUUUGAAAAAUAGUGUUAGUUCUCAACAAUUGGAGUAUAAUGACUUGUUUCAAAAUAAUCUAGCUGACGCUACGAUAAAUUAUCACAAAGAAGAAGAACUAUUAGAUGAAGAGAAGGAAAAUGGCAGUAGUUCUACAAGUAGUACUAAUUCUUCUCCAUUGUUGACGGCUGUUGCUGGUAAUGGAAAUGUUCCUGAUUACAACGGGGCAAAUCCACCAAGAAGAAAAUCGCUUGCUGGCUUAACCGACGAAGAGUUGAUGGCACUUGAUCCUCAGUAUAGUACUUCAAAAACGUCAAAUGUGAACAAAUUUAAAUUUGAUAAUCAACAAACUUAUUAUUUAUCCCCAUCAUCUAGAAGAACAUCAUUACCUUCAGAAUCUGUUUCUCAAUUGAAUAAAAGACAAGAAUAUCCAACUUCUAAUGAAAAUAAUUACAAAUGUAUUAGUUUAUCCGCCAAAGCAAAUAAUAGUGUUCCGAGUGAUUACAAGAGAACAAUAUUGACAAUAAUCAGUGGAAGAAAGCAUACUUGGAAAUCUUUAGAUUGGUUAGUUACAAAUGAACAAUUUGAAGGUAUUCUACAAGAUGGUGAUGCAUUAGUAGUUGGAGCAUUGGUCCCAUUGAAAUAUUUGAAAAACAACAAAAAGAGAUCCAAGGCGUCGAUUGAUGAGUAUUUAUUCCAAAAGUGUUCCAAUUUAUUAACUUAUCUAAUGUCUUAUAUUACGAAGCUAGAUUUGAAAGUUAAAGUUACUGUUGAAUUUGUUCUUGAUUAUGAUGAUGAAGAUGACACGCUAUGCACUACCAUAAGCACCGGGAAAAUCUUGCGAGGCAAUAAAUAUAUGAUUUUCCAUUUAUUCAAACAAUAUCAACCUCAUUUAGUUGUGUUGGGAAAUCAAGAUACUCCUUAUAAUAGUAAACGAAGAAUAUCAAGUUAUUGUAUAAAACAUGGAAUUUGUCCAGUUAUUCAAAUUGGUUGUACUGAUUCUGGUACAGGUACCAGAAGACCAAAACCGGCAACAGCUAUUAGAUUUGCUGAAGAUGAUGAAGCAUCAAUUGAAUCUGAAGAAUCUGAGGAAUCGGAUUUUGUAACAAGUAUUACAAAACGAAUAAUUUCAGUAUCUGAUAAUGCAUGUGCUAAUUCAAAAAGCAUGGAGAAUUUGCAUAAUAAAGAUUUCUAUAAAGUGAAGUCAAUGAUCAGUAUGGAUGAUGAUGAAGAAGAACGAGUGAAACAAGACAUGAAGAAGAAAAAGAGAAGAGAAAGUCAAGUCAUUAGUGUUAAAAGUAAUACAAGUACUGGUAAUGUAAGUACUUCCAAACCCAAAAAGAAGUCAUUUUGGAAGAAAAUAGGAUCAAUAUUUUAG